AGUUUGUUGAUAGCCAGCCGCGCGAACGGAACGCGUACGGAAGAAAACGAUCGCGAGAUCGAUGUGGCUACAAUAUUUACGGACCACACUAGCCGCAAUUGCCGGAGGAAAACAAAAGCAACCGGAGCUCCAGCUCCAGACGGGAAAAGCUAACAUUUUGCGAAUUUAGCAAACUCCAGUGAGCGGGGAAAACUUUGUGUUCCUUCGGCGAUAACUUGUGGAAGGCAAUGUCGCGGAUAUGCUAAUUGGAAAUGGAUCCGAUGAUUUGUGAUCUGUGGUCCAGCCACAUCUGGCUUUUGGUGCUCAUUUGUUUCUGCGGCUUUCAACAAUCCAGUGGUUUUUUCGUGGACUACACAGAGAACACGGAGCUCAUUCAGCAGAGAGCCGGCUACGAUGUCAAGCUGCAGUGCAAUCUCAAAGGUCUGGUGGACGAGAGCAUGUUGGACGACAUCAAAAUACAUUGGUACUUCAAGCAAUGCAGCGAAAACAAUUGCCAUCAGCUGGAGUCUGUGGAUGAGUGGACGGCCCUACCUUGUGAGCCGAGUCUGUGCCGUCCGGAGCUCUGGCUCCGAAAUGUUACAGAAAGGUACUCCGGACUCUACAAGUGCAGCAUAAAUCCCCACAUUUGGGAUAAAGCUCAAACUGUGGACGUUCAACUGGUUCGCACCUAUCAGUUGGAUGUGAAGAACACUUCCUUGGCUGCUCCCGAGUUCGUAGACUCGUAUCCCAACAACAAGACGGUGCUGGUGGGCAGCCAGGUGGUCUUCCAGUGCCGCGUUCACAGCGAGGAGCAUCCCACGAUCAAGUGGUUCCGCAGGCAGACCUUCGUGGGAACCCAGUCGACCGGGGAGUCGUCCUCAACUGCCUCCACUACCUCCAACUUCAGCACCCACAUAGUCCGCUACAAUGGAAGGACGUACGAACUGCUGUCCACAGAUCCCGAGAAACUAAUGGCUCCCCAGAUGUACCUCAGCAAGUUGAUCCUGGAUGGUGUGAGGUUCAGGGAUGCCGGUCACUACGCCUGCGUGGCCAUCAGCUAUCGUGGCCACAAGAUCCGGGAGGCUUUCCUCGAAGUCCUGCCCGUACAGGACGACUCGGACCUGGAGAAGGAAUACUGGUCGGACUACGAUGGUAGCGACGAGGGAGUUCCAACCAGCGAUCCCCGGGAGUUUCUGCUCCUGUUCCUAAUGCCACUUGGCCUGGCUCUUCUUCCACUCACUGUGUGGUUUAGUUAUGUGUUGUACAAACGGUGCUCCGGUGGUCACGGCGACUGCCAGCGGAUGGAUUCCGAUGAGGAUCUGGAGGCGGAGAGGUGCGUCCUGGGAGGAAACUAAUGCCAUUAUUAGAAAUGCUGCAAACCGAAUUACGCUUAUUAAAUAUACGAAUAAAGACUGUAAUUAAAGUUAAGGAUAUGUACACUUUAUAUAAAAUAUAUUAUAUAUUAUAAAGCAA